CCAGCAAAAAAAAACAGGAAAAAUAAACUGAAAAAACAGUUGGUUUGAUAUGAAGAAUAUCUAUCAUAUCAUAUUAACGAAUUUACAACUAGUCAAAAAUAUAAGAUGGCUCAAGGAAACUUGAAGUUAAAGGAUAAACCUUUAAAAAGAAUAACUAAAAAACAAAAAAACCCUAGAAAAGCAGCACCAAAAAUCAUCAAACCAAAAAAAACCAGUAAGCUCAAAACUACCAAAAAUCUAGGUACAUUUCAAAAGUAUGGUAAUAUUAUAAGCUCAACAGAAAAACUUAUUGCAAGCAGAAUUGGUCAUUUGGAGUUAGUCAAAGGGUCGAAGAGAGAGAUUAAAAAAAGUGAUAAAAGCCGAAAAUAAAGAAGAAAUAUUGAUUAAAUAGUUAUAUACGAUUAAAUUUAUGUGAUAUAUCUAUUUUUUUGGAUGGGAAAU